UCCUGCAACUCUGUUGGGUAAAGCAGACGGGACGUUAUUGACAUUUUUCUGACGUUUCGUUUCGUGUAUGUGCAUUGCAUUUGAUAAGAAAUGCCGCAUUGAAUAUCGAGGAGUAUGCAUGAAAUUUUGUGAAACUUGCGUGUUUUUGGCGUGAAAGUUGCUUUUACCGUCACAUUUACCUCGUGUAAACUUGGCUUCAAAAAGGGUUUCCAAUAGUAAAAAUGGACGCCAAACGAAAAUUAUCAACGCAAGGAGAUUCGCUGUACGAAAUUCUAGCCCUUCCAAAGACCGCAUCCGCUGAGGAGAUUAAAAAAACCUACCGUCGGCUUGCUUUAAAAUACCAUCCCGACAAAAACCCAAAUAAUCCGGAGGCAGCGGAGAAAUUCAAAGAAGUAAAUAGAGCACAUUCAAUAUUAAGCGACGCCACAAAACGAAACAUAUAUGAUAAUUAUGGGUCUCUUGGUUUGUAUAUCGCAGAACAAUUUGGUGAGGAAAAUGUUAAUGCUUAUUUUGUUGUAACAUCAACUUGGUGCAAGGCCCUAGUGUUUAUAUGUGGCAUAUUGACGGGCUGCUACUGCUGCUGCUGUCUGUGUUGCUGCUGUAACUUCUGCUGUGGAAAAUGCAAGCCAAGGCCUCCCGAAGACACUGGUGACUACCACAAUCUGAAUCGGGAACAGGGUCACGGCUCCGGUCAACCAGUUACGGUCCAACCGGGCAGAAGGGAGGACGGUUCCGACGAGGAGAGGGCUGGCUCGCCGAUAACGUCGCAGCCGUCGCCGAAAAAGAACCAGAACGUCCCCGUGUACGCCAUGCCCCCGCCCCCCGGUAACGCCGGCGAGAGCGCCGCUUUGAAUCAGGGCGACGUGCCGGUCUACACCCCCGAUUUAAAAUAAGCGAGUCGACAUUUUCGUUGCAGAUAUGAGAAGCCAGGCGGCGUGGUGAGGUAAAAACCCAAAAAAAAAUCUCGUGCAGGAUCACCUUUUUGCCUAGUCACCUCACACACAUCAACACACUCGGCACUACUUACAGUUGUAACGAUUUUUGUUUUCCUUUGUCGUCCGCCAGAUCGGAGCAGCAGUCGCAGUCUACCAAUUGUGAUCGUAACCUAAAAUUCAACGGCGUCGCCAUGUGGCCCGCGAUCGAGGCUUAUAAUUUAAUCGCGUGCUUUUAGAUUUUUUUGUUAUUUAUUAUUAUUUUUUUAAUAUCAAUUUGCAACCUCUCGCGGCGGCGUUUAAAUUUUCGCGCAGACAGUUCUAGGUUAUGUUGGUUGGGCAAAAUCAACAGUAAGGAACCAAAAAUCAGCGGGCCGCAGCUGGAGAAGCGUCUGGUCUACUGGUGAACUUGACUUGACUGAUUUUUUAUUAAAUGUAAAUGAUUAGUUCUCAAUUUUUUGUUUUUAGUAUUGCUUAGUUUUGGUCACUUUGGGUUUUGAUGAGUCUGUUAAAGACAGACGUCGGUGAUUACUGACUACUGAUUUCACUUCGGGUCCCAAGUUUACCUGUAAUCAUUACCAACAUCUGUCUUAAGCAGGGCCGUCAGUUAAGACACUUCUCGUCAGAACAUUGCUUAUUUUACGACGAUGUUAUUUCUAUGUAUUUUUUAAGUAACAUUCCUGCCAAAAAGCCGUUGCUCUCUUACUUAUGGAAAGUACCAAAAUGUUACACAUCGUUUCUAAAAAUUUGGGAGCCAAGUUUUACCAGCGAGCCAGACGCUAAAGCACCAUAACGUCAUAAAAACGGUUCAUAUUUUUCGAGUCUGGUUCCCUAUUAUAUAGAAUUCGAAACAAAAUUUAAUAUUGAAUGAGAUUUGAGCUUUUCAGUAUUCCUUUAGCGCAUCCCGAAAUAUAGCCAUCAAUUUGUUCAAUUUAACUUGACCGGGUAGAAGUGGUUUCGAAUUUGUUUAUUUUUAGUCUCACCAAUGGUUUUCUUCUCAUAUUUUACGGCGUUUUUAUUUAUUUUUGUACAUAUUUAGGUAUUCGCGUGAUUGUUUCGAUUCUGACGUAAUACCUGGGGGGUAUUGCGCCGGAACUCGAAAUGGUAAUUUGAUAUUCCGGACAGUAAAUGGCACUUAUGUGAAGGUUAGUUCAUCUAUUCAUACCAAAACCUUUUCUGUGCCAUUGUUGUCCUACGGAGACAACCGGACCGACAAACUUUCGUUAUGGUUGUAUUCGGACAUACACUUUUUAAGAAUUUACGUGUUCGUUAAGAUAUUAACUCUGGCCUCCUUAUUAGAGUACAGUUGGAUUAUUAUUGAAUGUAUAAAAAUACUAUUUUCAACGAAACAAUAUUGUAACAUAACUAUUAAUAAUUAAAAAGCGUCUUAUUCCCGGCAGCGUAUUUUUUGCAUUAUUCGGAUGACGUAACGUAGCCCUUAUGUGACAUUGUUAAAUCCUAACUGUAAUUAUAGCCAGUCUCAACAUUCUAUUAUAGUUUUUCGACUUAUAGCUAAAUAUAUGUGCAUAUUGGUAUAUUUAAAAUAAAU